ACGAGCGCUCUCUGUCGACGGGUCACGGAACCACGCACCCAAUGGCCUAAUGGCGGAAAGACAUUUCAGCUUAGUGAUGGGUUAGAUUUACGUUGUUUUCCGCUUUGUCAACAAAGUCAUUAAUUUGGUACUUUCACGGCUUCUCCUUACACCAAGUGAAUACGAUGGAUGAUAACGGAUCCGUGCAGUCCCUUCAGUGGGACAUGCUGGACCUGGCAGACCACCUCCGCCAGGAACGUUUAUUCGUAUCCUCUGAGCAACAACAUUUGCAAGAGCUGAAUGCCAAGGUUGUCUCUGUAUCAUCAAGUUUAGCUCGAAUGGCAUGGAUUAUGCUGCAACAAAGAACAAAUUUGAAACACUUGAUACUGGCUAGACCUGAUUGCCCACCAUCAGUGUGCUGCCAACGAGCCAUCGCUCUUGAAGAAACACAGUUCAUUGAUGGCUACAAAGAACUGCCCUUUCAGGAUUGCGGUGAAUUCAUGCAAACAUUGCGCACAUCACCUCACCUUCUUGCUGCAUGCCUUGCUGCUGGUGACAGACUAAUGCCUGAGGCAAUGCCUGCAGUUAUUAAUACAUUGUAUGGAGGCUUGUUUGGAUCAUGUUUGCUACCAGAAGACAAACUUUUAGUUUUGCGUCUGCUGCGACACUUGACACAACUACAGCUUGUACCAUCUGAUAAUCCUAGGAGGAUGUUGAGACAUGGAUCUUGUGCUCUGGCAAGACUGUAUGCUGUCUUCCAUGAAGGUUUAUUUUCUGCAAAAAUCUUUCUUACUGCAGCUUUGCAUGGCCCAAUCAUGCAGUUACUUAUGGAAGAUGAGUGUUUCCUGGACAUUGAUCCUGACAAAGCGGUUGUGAGGUUUCCUCCUGAUGAACGCAUGAAAAAGUUUGGUAAAGAGGGAACACCGGAGUACUCUCUAAGACUUCAACGAUAUCGUAGCUGGACUGUUUCAAACCUUGUUGUUUUGGUACAACGCUUUGUUGUAAGCUUAAGGGAAAAUAUGCAUUGCUUUCCAACAUCCAUAAGAUGGCUUGUGAGACAAAUAUCAGGCAUGCUUUCUAAAUCAGGCCAGCUUGAGCCUAAAGAGGUCUUUGAUAUUUGUGUGGAUCUUAUUUUUUCAUUUUUGAUCUGUCCUGCUAUAGUUGAUCCAGAGCAACAUGGCAUUACAGAUGCACCUGUCAGUUAUGUUGCCCGAUUUAACUUAAUUCAGGUUGCUCAAAUAUUGCAAGUACUAGCUUCCAGGAAAUAUCAAGAUGUUGAUCCAAAGGUCUGGGAUCUUUAUUCUCAGUUUGAUAAAGAUAUAGUAUCAUCACUUGUUGAUGGGCUUCUGGAGGGAGCAAUCAAUGGUCUGCUUGAGGAGCCUGUCAUCUCAGAGAGCUGCAAAUUGCAGGGUCUGUCUCGUUCAGCUGCCCUCCUCACAGAAGCAGAACUUUAUGGCCUGGUUAACUUCCUUCAAACUGUUCAAGCAAGCACGGGUCCUGACAGCGAUGCUACUGGUCAAGUAUCAGCAGGAUUGUUUGAUGAAGCUGGUGUGGACAGAAAAUUGUUGGCUGCCCUUUUAGCGCAACUUCCUCCCAUGGCCAUUGCAACUGCAGCCUCUUUUCAACAACCGUGUGUUAAUGGAAAUGUGAAUACACCAUCUCCAUCUAGCAGUUCGGUCCAUGGCUCUUCUAAUUCUGCUAAACCUAACGCCCUAUCUCCUCAAAACAUUGCAAAUGGAAGUAGUUCUUCACCAGACACACCAAAUAGGAAAGCCAGCAUUAUUGGUAAAGGAGUUGCUGUUGCUAUGAGCAAAACAACCAAAGCAAUACGUAGUGUGGCAGGAUCUAGUGACAGUCCUGAGGAAAGUACUGCCACAGAGGGUGCGGACGACUCAAUAGAAGUUAAUAAGUAUAGUGUUUUGGUUAUCCCGUUUUCUCCUGAUAUGGGACAGUAUGUUGGUUUGUUGCCAGAACAAAAGGUACUCAACAUAGAUUGUGACGCUCAGAAAAACUUACCUACUGCUGAUGGUUCUACCAGCCAUCACAGUGUGGGCACUUCAUCUACUGUUCGCCCUGCUGUGGUUCCACCAGAACGCUCUGAAAGCCUUGAAAAACGUACUAGAUUUUCUCUUUCACACGAUGAGGGCUCUAUAGGUAAUACAAGUGAUAAUCUUGAAGCAGUUUCUGAGGCUGCAUCCAACCACAGUGUUGCAUCAUCUCUUGAACUUGAAAAUGAAGAUCAAGAUCAAAACGACAAUCUUUCAGACAUGGUUUCUGCUAAUGUAUCGGGAAGAGGGACUCCUAACAUUUCCGGGCGUGACACACCCUCUUCUCAAAUCACUGAGGGUGAUGAAGGAGCAAGGAAUGCUGCAGUGGAACCUCGCCAGAACUAUGAUUUCCCUCCACCUCCACCACCUACCAAACAAAGCCGCUCGGACAUUGAUGACAAGUUUGGCAAAUUUGAAAUAAAGAAGCUCCUUGAAGGGGAUGAAACAAUAUCACUGGUGAGUGACACAUGGAGCACUGACGUCUUGGCUAGUGACAGUGAACUCAUUGAGCAAAGCGAGCGUGAGCGUGAGCGCUACAAUGCGCAACACCCUCCACCAUUGCUGCCACUCUCUAUGCCUCCACCUUUAGCACCUCUUCCUGGGGUGUUGCCUGGCCCGCUUGGAGCAGCUCAGCAAAAUCUGAUUGAUUUGUCAGAGACAGCCUCAGAAGCAUGGAGCACUGAUGUUCUUGCAUCUGAUUCAGAGCGUAUGCUGGAAGUUGAUACUGAUGACACAAGUAGUGUAGCAAGGUCUGAUGAUACCGCAAGAUCUGAAGUAGAGAGUCGUGGGGAACCUGAAGGAGGAGAUGACACACCACCAUUGAGUUCUGCUGGUGCAGUAUUUCGACCUAUUCGAGAUGAUGGCCGCCCUGCAAGUGUGUCAAGUUUGGCGAGCUCUGCUAGUGGCAUGGUUCCCCCGUCACCAACUAGAAGUGAUUCAGUUUCCUCACACCCUACUUGGAAUGUGACUGGACGAGGAGGAGGUCGGGCCGACUAUCGCAGGAGAACCUUGGAGUAUAUUGACAAUAAUGCACGAGCUCAGGCUGCAGCAAUCAGUCGACCAACUCCACUUCCAAUUACCCAUGAAGAAACGCGCAUUCCACCAAUGGGCCCCAUUGGUCGCAGCCAGAGUGUUCCAGUGUCGCCACCAUUAUCAGUUGUCAGUGACCCUGCAGUCGCUUCUCCUCUGCUUCACCCUGUACCCUCCUCUACUCCUCUGAACCCCUUUUCAGCCUCCACCUCCUCCCUAAUUCCUGUUCCAACCAACUCCGCGCCUUCAUCUUCAUCCAUUAAGCCGCCUCUGCUUUCUGGACCUGCUGAGGUGCAGGCUCUGAUAGACGUUGACAGGGUGGACGAGGCGGAGGCAGCCUCGCAGGUGGCCAGCCACGCCAGCACGGCCAGCCUCGAGUCGUCCAGCAGCAGUGGCGGAGGGGCGAGUGGAGGCGCCAGCGGCAGCGGCGGCAGCAGCAGCGCCGACCUGAAGCCUCCGCAACCGCCUCCACCCGCACUCACUUCCACGCCGACGCCGGACCUGCCCGCCCCCGCCCCCGUCAUGGCCAACGGCAGUGCGUGCGGCAGUGCGGGGGCUGGCGCGCCACUGCCCCUGUCGCUGUCCUUGUCCUUGUCUCGCGCGGCAGUCGCCACGGGGGCCAUUCCCAAGAGCAUCAGUUUCGACAAGACAGCUGAAAGGGGCGACAAGGAGCUUCUGGAUGACGAUCAAAAGCACAAACGAGGUUUCUUCAAACACCUGAAAUUAACAUUCAAAAAUCGACAAAGAAAAACUCUGAAUCGAUCAGGUGAUGACAUGAGUCGUGAUGAAGGGGGCUACGGCGACGGUUCUCACUUGCGUCUAAGGCGCGGGCUCUCCGAAGAUUCUAAGGGAACUUAUUCUGAGUCAUCCGAGGAUAUUCUGGCCAAAUAUCGUCGAAAGCCCAGCACGGGUGCGGACUCGGCGGCCUCAGAAUCGUCUGCCAGAGUGCCAGCCUCUGCUGCCAGUCUCUCAGAACGUGAGGGCGAACCAGAAGGAAGUGACGAGCGGCUGUUUAUUGAUCCCAACAAUGUGGAAGCAUCGUAUGCCUUCAAGGAUGCCAAGCGGAAACUUCGCAUGGUAUUGAGCACUGCGGAUCUCCAGCAUGUCCCAUGGCGCUCUCAAUUUUCUCACAAAGCUGAUGAUCCUUGGUUGAGAAAAGACAAUGAAUUAAUAGCUUUUUUGAGAAUGCAACUUGCUGAGGCAAUUAAUUUACAAGAUCGUGCUCUAGCUGCACAUUUACAUGAAACUUUACGCUGCAUCAAACUCUUCAACAAUGACGGGUGUCACAAGCUUUUUAAUUCAUUGAAAGAAGAUUAUUGCCAGAGAACUCCCUACACUGCAUACCUCGUGAGAUGUCGUCAGGGCUUGUUAUCCACACUUGCUCACUUAGAAAGAAUGAUGGAACGCAUUAAAUGUGAAAGAGCAGUGUGUGAUAGAUGUGUUGUCUCAGUGUGCGUGCGCAUGUUUUUGGAACGAAGAGAAGUGCAGGUUACUGAUUUCACCCUUGAAUUUCAGCAGCUCACUCUUGCUGAUGAAAAAACUGAUUUGUUGGAAAACUUCUUGCAAACUCUUGCCACUGAUAUGGAAAGGGACCAUUUCUGGUCAGGUGUGAGUCAAGAGCAAUUGCUCCAGGCUCGUACAGCCAUCGAGCAGGUCAUUAUCAGUAGAGUUUAUCCAUAUGCCUUGUAUCCAAAUGGCGAGGGUGACAUGUCACGUGACCAAGUUCUCCAUGAGCACAUGAAAAAAUUAUCAGCAAUAAUUACGCCAAAUCAUAAAGACAUUGACAUUGCUAAGAUGUUCCAUUAUGAGUGCCCAUGGCCUUCAGCACAGGCAGAAAUAGCUGCUAUAUCUGCAUAUAAAACACCUCAUGAUAAAUUGCAGUGUGUGUUCCGAUGUGCCACAACUAUCAUGAAUUUGCUAAAGAUGGUUCAGGAACGAAAUAUUCCUGCUGCAGAUGAUCUUGUUCCUGUUCUGGUGUAUGUCCUUAUUAAGGCCAAUCCCUUGUCACUUCUUUCUACCGUUCAAUAUGUGAACACAUUUUAUGGCAGCCGAUUGGAGGGAGAAGAGCAUUAUUGGUGGACGCAGUUCUGUUCAGCUAUUGAGUACAUUAAAACCUUAGAUUACAGGGAUUGAUGUUUUGAUCCUUGUUUAAGCUAAACAUUUGGAACUGCAAGUAAUGUUGAUAGUGAAUUCCUCUUCUAUUGGUGGACUGAUUGAUUACAAUCUUGUUCCUCCAUGAAUGAGAAUGCAUUUUUUCACUGACUAUCUAAUCAUCCUCACCAACAAAAAUUCGUGUGGUGUUCUUGUUUUUUUGUUGUUUUCUCUACAAGUGUACUUGUAGGCUCAUAAAUACAUAUUUUAAAUGACUGAAAUAAUCAAAAUGAUAUUAAAGGUAGAGAAUGGAAUGGAUUACUUUUAUAUAAGACAGUUUAUGCCUUAUUUUGAGUACUGAAGUCACAACUGUACUCCCCUAUUUUUGUAUGGCCACAGCAUUUGUUUGACAUCUUAUUGUAAAUUAAUUAUUUCAGUUUUCUUUCUUGUAGUAUUUGAAGAAACAUUCCCUGACUGUGAUGGCCAAUUUCAGUGUGGUGCUAAAGAUCUUCUGAUCUUUUAAAAUGAAGAAACCUGUUGUAAAAUGCUUAUCAAAUAUUCUGCAUGGGAUAGAAUCCCAUAGCAUCUAGUUCCUCAUGUACAGCAAUAUAAAUGACAGUCCCUUUUUUAUUACUAUAAUAUAUAUUAUUUUUUGAAGAAAUAUUUUUGUUCUACAUGUCAUUCUCUGUGGGCUGUUUGUCUUUUUACCGCAUUUCCUUUACUUUAUGAUAGACCUCAUUGCAUCCAUAAGAUGCCAGCGAAUCACCUCUUUGGGAGUUUGUUUUGUUCCUCCACAUGGGUCUGAAAGUCCGCAACUUUUGAUUAAUUUUUUUUUUUUUGCGUGACUCAUUAUGUGUUUGUUAACGUCCCUGUCCUCUCAUUUCUAAUUAGGCAUGAUGAUAUUAGUGAGUUCACAGCUUUUCACCCUUUAGGGUCACAAAGUUUUCUUUGUAUUCCAUUUUACAUUUGCCACAAAUCAAUUAAUUAGUAUGUAUUUCCAAGGCAUUUUUGAAAAUGUUGAUUUUGUUCUCCAUGGUUACUAUUACUUUUCAUGUUAUAUUGUUUUGAUAUAAUACUGGUUACGUAACUUUUGCUUUACAGCAGUCACCUGUAACACUUUUCACUUGUGUUAUCAAAACUCAUAAAGUUAGCCUUUUACCAUUGUUAUUUCUUUGAUAUCUACUUACAUCUAAGUUACAUUUUAAUGAAGCUGGAAGUUUUGAUUUGCCGUAAUUCAAUCAUUGUACUGUGUUUAUAUUUAAUUCUGGAUUGUAACAUUUAGAGUGUACCAAAUGCACUCCCUUUGUUAUCAUGUGCGCAGCCACUGCUGGUCAGUUGCGCCAUUAAUAAAUUUUGCCUUGCUAAAUACUUGUGCCUGUCA